UGACGUCACAGCAGGAGGAGAGCCGAAGUGAGUUGGGCCACAUUUCUCCAUCCUAGUGAUGAUGGCGUCCCAACACCCAUGAUCAAGCAUAAAAAGAAGAGGAAGAAAGAAAGAAAGCGAGGCCCUUUUCAGCUCGAAAUGAGUUCGGACUUCAAUUCAUUCGUCUUUUGUUGUUAAUAUGUCUGGAUCAUUCACUUUGUAUUGGAGGUUCGGGUAAGGUGCAGGUGCCUCCAUCCAUCCGUCCAUCCAGCGCAGUGGAGGGGACGGGCCGGGCCGAUGGCUGCUGGGGGAGGUGGAGGAGGAUGCGGGGAGCCGGUGGAUCAUUACCGGGCGGAGGUGGCGCGGCUGACGCGCGAGCUCGCGGAGGCGAACCGGGAGAAGGUCCGGGCGGCGGAGUGCGGGCUGGUGGUCCUGGAGGAGAACCAGACCCUCAAGCAGCAGUAUGCGGAGCUCGAGGCCGAUCAGGAGACCCUCAGACAGGAGCUGGAGCAGCUGCAGGAGGUGGAGUAUGAAGGCUUGAAGCAUGAAAUCAAAGUUCUGGAGGAGGAAACAGCCUUGCUUAACAGCCAAUUAGAAGAUGCACUGUGCCUGAAGGACAUCUCCGAGAGCCAAUUGGAAGAGGCUUUGGAUUCUCUGAAAAGCGAGCGAGAACAGAAGAACACUUUGCGCAAGGAAUUAGCACAUCAUCUAACUGUGUGUGACGGGGGUUUCAGCGCAGGCUGUGCCCAUCUGAUUGCCCUGACCUCAGCGCCACCUAGUGGCAGUGCCACCCCAACAGCCGCUACAUCGCCCAGCAGCGAGGACGGUGGCAAGUGCAAUGGGCAUCUGCUUCAGGGUGCAACGGGUUCAGUUUUCAGCCGAAUGAAUGGAGACUUCAGGCCAUUGGGUUUGAGAAAGAUUGAAAUUUUGACCCCUGACCUCUUUAGUGAGCUCAGUGGCCCUGAAAUCUUGAAACUAAGACAACAGCUUCAGCAGGUGGAACGUGAAAAAGCGUCUUUGCUCAACAGCUUGCAGGAAUCACAGGCUUUGCUCCGUCACACACAGGGGGCGCUGACGGAGCAGCACAAGAAGGCCAAUCACUUGGGCGAGCGAUUCCGGAAACUCCGCCGCCAGCACAGCAGUAAGGAAAACAAGGAGGAAGAGGAGGACGAAGAAGAGGAGGCAACAUGCGUCCCUGGUGGCCAGGAGGGGCCGAGUCUGGAAUUGCUGCAAUGUAAAUACAGGGUGGCUGUGACGGAGGUGGUAGGGCUGAAGGCGGAGCUUAAAGAGGUGAAGGAUAGAUAUAAUGAGUACGUGGAGGCAAGAGCUUGGGUGGAGGAGCAGGGCAAGGUGCAGCUGCGAGUGCUGGAGACACAAGUGGCACAGCUGGAGCGCAGCUGCAGGGAAAGCCGGGAGAAGGCGGUGAAUCUGGAACGUGAGCUGCGGGCAGCCAAUAACACGGGCUUGGAGACACAGAGAAUCCUGGGAACCGCCCAAGAAGAGUUGGCGACAUUCAGCGAGGAAUUAGCGCAACUUUACCACCACGUCUGCCUGUGCAACAAUGAGACACCCAACCGUGUUACGCUGGACUAUUACCGGCAGGGCCGGACCCCGACGCGCAUUUCCACCACUGGCCACAAGGGGCAGGACGACUACCGUGUGCUGUUGACCCCACGGCUCGCACGCCGUUUAGCGGCGAUUAACGCUGCAACGUCCACCGAGUCUCGUAGCCCGUCGAACUCACCAUCCAAAGAACCUCUCCCUGCUGAGCAGAGCCCGGUCCGUACACCACUGGGUUCACCCGUCGUUAGUGCCUCUUCCUCGUCUUCAUCAUCAUCUCCAGCACCCGAGUCAGCCACUGGUUCCGACCUCCGCCGUGAACCCACCAACAUCCACCACCUCAACGCCAUCAUCCGUGACCAGAUCAAGCACUUGCAGAAGGCAGUGGACCACUCACUCCAGCUGUCCUGCCAGAGAGCGGCCGCCAGUGAACUUGCCCCACUGAUGGACAAGGACAAGGAGGCCUGCAUGGAGGAGAUUCUCAAGCUCAAGUCCCUCCUGAGCACAAAGAGGGAGCAGAUUGCAACCUUGCGCCUUGUGCUCAAAGCCAACAAGCAGACGGCUGAGGGGGCUCUGGCCAACCUGAAGAGUAAAUAUGAGAACGAGAAGACAAUGGUGACGGAGACCAUGAUGAAGCUGAGGAAUGAGCUAAAGGCCUUGAAAGAGGAUGCGGCCACCUUCUCUUCCCUCAGAGCCAUGUUCGCCACACGGUGUGACGAGUAUGUGUCUCAGCUGGACGAGAUGCAAAGACAACUCGUGGCGGCGGAGGACGAGAAAAAGACGCUGAACUCUCUCCUCCGCAUGGCCAUCCAGCAAAAACUUGCCCUCACGCAGAAACUGGAGGACCUGGAGUUCGACCAAGAGCAGUCGCACCGGACCCGUGUGGGAAAAAUGUCCCGGCUGAGGAGCAGCACGCCCAAAGUAAGUGGAACACCAGUUCCGCCCCUUCCCGACACCCCUUUGACAAUUACCGAGGUCCUUACGGCAGCAGCCGCCAUCACCUCGCCCACCACACCCACCUUUACACCCACCCACCUGUCCGCCCCCAAUAGCCCGCCCUCCCUGGAGGCCCCGUCAUCUCCCGCAUCGUCUUCCUCGUCCUCCUGGACGCCCCCAACCAUGCCGUACCGCCAUUGGACGAUGGGCGUCCGGGCAUACGUCGUCGAACCGCACACUUACACCAACCUCCUGGCCCGUCGCUAUGCAAGUGAGUCGCACUAUUCCCCAGGCUCCGCCCCUUCCUCGCCCUACCGCUCGCCCCUAUUGGCCAGUCGCCGCUCCAUGUGGAACUCAUCCCAAUCCCGCCCCCUUCCCAGCCACUUCCAGUAUUCUACAUCCCGCUACACACCCCCUUCGUCCACUUACAGCCCUUUGUAUCCCAGAAACUACGGCUCCCAGAAUCCCCGCUACUGACGGGUGCCACAGAGAGGAGGACACACACUGGUUUCUGUGUUUUAAUGUUUGGGGGAGUGAUUUCAUUUUUUAACUCAGGGAUUUAAUGGAGCACAAGUGGCCUGGCCUUCUUCAAAAGAGACUGUUGAUCAGUUCUCAGGACACUUUGUUCUCUGUCCGAUCUGAGUGCACAUGGACUGUUCAAGUACACGAAUGAGGGACUUUAAGACAGAUUCAACAGGAUGUAACGUUAACAGAAUGGCUUUUGUUGUGGGUUGUUGGUGUGUAUCAGUGUGAAUGUGUGAUUGUCACUUGAUUUGAACACAGAGUAAAUUAAGUGGUUGAUUUAUAACAACAAGAUUUUAUAUGAAAUGCCGAUUGCAGUAUCAGUAUCUGAGAAAGUUGGCUAUGUUUGGAAUAGAAUACUAGUGUACUGCAUCUAGUGUAGUAUAUAAUGCACACUGUAUACUGUUUUCAAAUAAUACAGAAAAAAUUACUUUACUGACAGUUUACUCACC